AGCAGCCAACCUCCUCAAUAUCCAUCGAUAAGGAGAUUGGAACGACAGUUGCAAUAGUAUCGCGGAUAUCAGCAACAAAGGCGCCAUAGAGAAUACAAAGACAUAAAAAAAGAGACAACAAGCACAAGAACUAGACCAAGGACACGAUGGGCCUCUUUACAACGCUGGCAUCCGCCACCGGAGCCAACAACAGCAACAGCGAAGGAGACCUGGCCGUCCGGCAGACCGAUGGAGCCACCGCCACCUCGUCGGCGACCAUUCCRACCGUUGUUCARCUCUAUUCCGGCCAACAAAUAAUUCUGAUGGAGGACACUCCCUCCGUAUCGGGGUACACCUCGCUGACCUACCAGGCCGUUCAGGUGGGGGCCUCCCGCGACGACGCCGUCGCCGCGGAGCUGAAACACCGCCACGCCAACCCGGACCUGGGUGUGUGGAACUGCCGCGUCGGCCUCGGAACCAACGAGAACAGCGGAAAGGGCGGAAACAGUAACAGUGGCAGCGACCACGAUCCGCUGGUGGAUUCGCUCCUGGCCAAGCUGGCACAGACUUCUUCUUCCUCCUCCUCGUCGUCGACGCCGCCGCCACCGCCGGUGUACUGCCUGACGGUCGACUUGUCGGACGAGACGACCGUGGAACCGACCCUGAGCGCCCUCCAGGCGGCCCUGGUGAGGCACCUGAUCGAGCACCCGCCCCCUGCCGAGACCAAAUCCGAAGCGGUCCGUACCACCAGCCUGUACGACCUUCAGACGGUCCAGUUCGGCCUGGCACCGGACGAACCGCAGGCCGAGCGGAGCAUCGAGGAGGAGGCCCGCAACGCUAGGGUCGGUCUCAUGGUGUGCGCCGUCGUCUCCUCGUCGGACGCAAGGACGGCCGACGAGUCCUCGGAAGCCGCCUACAAAAAGAAGCAGGCCCGGGCCCUGGUCGUCUACCACCUCCGGAAGUUUGCCUGCUCGAUCCACGCGGCCCUGUGCUUCGUGGAACGCCCCGGGGAGCGGAAGGACUCGUCACCGAACACCGAUGCUUCCGACGAGAAAACCGGAGAGGACGCGGCCACCGGAAGCGGGAGCAGCGAGAGCAACGCACAGCGGUCCGUCUCGUACGACAAGCUCUCGCAGUUGUGGCGAGACAUGGCCAACGGAAUCCAGGUGUGGAACGCCGAGGCGGCCACAUCCUCCGCGGUGCCCGCCCCGGAAUCCGAGUCUGCCGCUGCCGCCGCCGCCCUCUACGGCCCCGGCCGGCAGCAGGAGGACCUCAUCGAGAGCGUCCUGCUGCGAAACGCCAACUACCCCGGCCACUGGGACGCGGCCAAGGACAGCCUGUGGGUGGCCCUGCCGUCGGAACCACACGGGGGCCAAGCCGCCGAGGGCGCCGGUGCCCCCGCAGCGGGGGACGACGGGUGGCUGACGCAGCUCCGAGACUCGAUCGCCUCGGCCCUGCCGGUGGCCUCCGCCGAGCAGACCGACAAGAACAAAGCAGCGGCGGGGAAGGACGGCGGCGCGGACAAACCGAAGGAAAAGGACGCGGCCGUCUCGAGCUUUUUCGAGUCGCUCCUCAAGGAUUCGUAGGAGCAAAGCGAUGCGAUGUGAUGCGAUGCGAUGCGGCUUGUCUCUGGCGGAUCGUAGAACGCCGCGGUACUCUGCUAUGCUGUAGCCUAGGUCAAAGCAUUGCAGCCCCAACAGGAAUAUCAGCAUGGCAAGUCCUACAAGCAUUAUUAGUGCGAUAGUAUCUCCCACGUAUUCUACAGAAAAACAAAUGGGCGCUUGGAGCUACGAUUUUGAAAYUCGAAUAGCCACAACCAUCCGCUUGGAACCAUUCUAUUACUACUAGAAAUUGUUUAUCCUAUCGUUUCUCAGAG